CAUCAACAUCAACGCACCAUAUCGCGUAGAUAAUCUUCGGAAACUGCUAACAUUGAACACCCUGUAGGCUUCUUUCAGCAUAAGCCUUCAAUCUCAGCUUUCAUCUAGGUUUUCUUGCUCACCAUCAGCUUGCGCGAGACCUCCGGUCUGUCUCCCGAUCUCUUUCAUUCUCUUCGGAACACCCCGAUGCGUUCGACCGAUCAUUAGAGCUGAGCCCUUCAGCAAGAAUGCCUAGCUUAACGAGCUCUGCGAUGCGCGAGGAAGCUGAUGCGUACUAUGAGUCUCGUGCCUCUGAAAGCUCACACCCUAGUCCUUCCGUCCAACCUGUCAUUAAGCCUGAGUCUGACCACGGGGCCGCGCCUGAUGUUACCUUUGAGUCGGUCGCGAGAGCUACAUCUCGAUCAGAUUUCAUAGCAGAGACCUGCAGCAUCAAUGAGGGAACAGUACUAGGAGAACGCAGUACUCUCCUGCAAUCUACGCCACUUGCGACCCCUCUCCCACCAACGCGUCUUAGUAUCACUACAACUCACGGCGAUAUCUUUUCCGUCGCCCCUUCCCGCACUGUCUUCAUUCAUGCUUGCAAUUGUGCAGGCGUAUGGGGCACCGGAAUUGCUGCAGAAUUCCGUUUGCGAUAUCCAAAGGCUAACACACGUUACGCUUCGUACUGCAAGAAGAAUCCCUCAGAUGCUAAACCUGGAACAGCGCUCUUGAUUCCACCUUCUCCUGCUAGUGAGCAGAAGAACGAGCCGCAACAUUAUGUCGGCUGUUUGUUUACGAGCAGGCACUAUGGACGGCGCAAGGAUGUACCUGCACGCAUACUCGCAAACACAGGACCGGCGCUAUUAGAUUUGCUACGACAGAUUCGAGACGCACGAAACGUAGGUGAGGAUGUCGGUGAACUGCGCAUUUGUAAGAUCAAUGCAGGAAAAUUUGCUGUACCAUGGGAGGACACCCUAAAAGCGCUCAGAAGUCUAAAACUGGAGCCAGGCAUGGAGAGCGAAAUCACUAUUUUCUUGUAGUGCACUCGCUAUUGACGCUGUCCUUGAUAUCACUUUCAGUGUCAAACCGUGCUAGGCCAUAGAUAUUUUGCUCCAUUUUCCUCCACUAUAAGAAUUGACGUUCGCAACCAG